AUGUACAUCAGGUUGGAUGCGGAUCGUCCAUUUUCCCCUGUCGGGGAUACGGAGGAGGAGGAGAAGAGGAAGAAGCAGGAGGGAGCUCUCUUCCAGACUGCAGCGAUUCAGGAGGAGGAGAUCAUCCUCGGAAAGAAGCUAGGAGAAGGGGAGCAGGGCUGUGUGUACCAGGGGCAGUGGAGGGGGAGGGCGGUGGUUGCCAAGGGGGCGAGCGCGAAGGAGGAGCCGACGCUCUUCCUCACGGAAUUCAUGGAGGGGGGCAACCUGCAAGAGUUCUUCGAGGCCAAGGGACGCGCAUGGCGGCCCUCCCUCCUCCUCGUCCUCCAGUGGGCGCGCGACCUCGCUCGUGCCCUCUGCUGCCUCCACUCGCACACUCCUCCGAUCGUCCACAGGGACCUCAAGCCCUGCAACCUGCUCCUCUCCGCGUCCGGCCACCUGAAGCUCGCCGACUUCGGCCUCAGCCGGGUUCUUGGAGGAGGCAACGAGACUUCAACCUACACCAUGACAGGCGUGACAGGAACCUUGAGGUACAUGGCACCAGAAGUCGUUCGGUGCGAGCCCUACAAUCAGAAGGUGAGCGAAGGGAUCUUGAGACCGGCCAAGGAGGUCGACAUCUACUCGUUUUCUCUCGUCCUCUGGUUCAUGUGCACGGGUGAGAUGCCCCUGCGCUCAUGCAGCCACAACGACUUCGUCAUGGCGGCUCGUAGGAAGCAAAGGGUCCGGCCCCCGCUCUACCGCAUCCUCUAUAAAACCCUGGCCGACCUCAUGGCAAGGUGCUGGGACGACUCCUCCUUAGCUCGUCCCUCGGCUCUUCAAAUCCUGGGAGAGCUGGAGGCGAUGAAUCCUCCCGACCCUCUCCUGCCCGCUGCCUCGCCUCGCCCGUCCCCUUCCUCUCCGGAGUACUACCUCAACUGA